AGUCAACAGCACCCUGCAUCAAUGGGCACACGACUUUGUCGUGCGUCUGCGCAGUGAUUCUGGGUCGCGUAAGGGUUGGGUGCAGCCGCCACCAGACAAGGAAACUCAGUUCCGGCUAUUUGUAGCGUAGGGAAAGUAUUGCUGACACCUCGAAUCCCAGAGAAAAAAGCCGCCGGCUUGGGGGCUAGCAAUUGGGUAUAGGGGGGGUAAUCAUUCUAAUUCAUAUUGGGGGUAGUGCUUGUGUACGACAAGCCAAGGGUUCGGACAGCAAGUCGAUAAGAAGAGCAUAGUAAACGGCAAAAGGCGGGGGUAACCCACCAACUACCGGCAUGGCCAGGGACUACGAUUACCUAUUCAAGCUGCUCAUCAUCGGUGACAGUGGAGUGGGGAAGAGCAGUCUCCUCCUGCGGUUUGCAGACAACACAUUUUCAGGUAGCUACAUCACCACGAUUGGAGUGGACUUCAAGAUCCGGACAGUGGUGAUCAAUGGGGAGAAGGUGAAGCUGCAGAUCUGGGAUACGGCAGGACAGGAGCGCUUCCGCACCAUCACCUCCACAUACUACAGGGGAACGCAUGGGGUCAUAGUGGUAUAUGAUGUCACCAGUGCCGAGUCCUUUGUCAAUGUGAAACGAUGGCUACAUGAAAUCAACCAGAACUGUGAUGAUGUGUGUCGAAUAUUAGUGGGAAACAAGAACGAUGAUCCCAACUCAAAGGUGGUGGAGACGACUGAUGCACAGAAGUUUGCAGAGCAGAUGGGCAUCAACCUAUUUGAGACAAGUGCAAAAGAGAACAUCAAUGUUGAAGAGAUGUUUAACUGCAUCACAGAGUUAGUGCUAAGAGCCAAGAAGGAGGUGCUGGCCAAGCAGCAGCAGCAGCAACAGAACGACGUGGUCAAACUCUCCAAGAACAGUAAACGAAAGAAAAAGUGCUGCUAGCGAACUCCAACCCCAAUCACAAAGACCACCAGCGUCCGCCUCAGAGACGGCACACGGGAUGGGACUCCAAGCAUCUAAAUUAAGAUAGAUUUAAUAAAUAUACAAUGGAAAAAAAGAAAUUAAAACGGUCCCCUUUGAACGAACAAACAAAUCAUGAAGACUUAACUAAAAAUGUACAGAUUAUAUUAGUCAGAUCAAGUUUUAUUUGGAAUUCAGCAGAUGGGCAAUAUUUAAGAGAUCCUCCUUUCUUGAAGGAUCUGCAAGCUGAAAACUGACGGCCAUAAUGCUCUGAUUUCUAUAUGCGUAUACAAAUGUUCUUACAUUCGUAUCUAUUUUCUCCUUGUCAUUCCACUUCACACGGGACAUUACGAGUCAAGUGAAACUCUGCACCUGAAGAGGAGGACUCACUUUUUCGGAUGAUACAUUUUUUUGGGGGUGGGGGUCAGUUGGAACAGGGGUAAAAAUGAAAAACUGGAUGGGGUAUGAGGGAAGGGAUUCACAACCUUUUUGUACAUUUUUAUUUGGACUUUUCAGACACCUGAUCAUGAACUAAUUUGUUUUUGACUUAAUGGGGGAAAAUGAUGAUGAUGAUUGAUGGGCACCCUUUAGCAACCAAUCCAAUGGACAGAAUUGGUGACUAUCUUCUUAGUUUAUUUUUUCACAUUUUUUUUGCCAAGCUUUUUCUUCUCCCCUUUGUCCUACAGUAAUGUUGAUCGAUCAGCCAACGACCUGUUUUCAGAGCUGGUCAGAGCAGUGAACCACUCCCAUGGCCCAGGGACACAAUGCUCUGCCAUCUACCACUCACUGCAGUCUUAUUGUGCACCAAGUUUGCUUUUAAAAGAAUAUCUUCCACUUUUUUUUUUUUUCAUUUUUUUUUUUAAACAAUACUGCCAAUAUGUGAUGUGAAUGAAAAGUGAGUUCUUUGGCUCUCCCUGUUGGACUGUUGUGAUAGAGGCCCACUGGGCGUAGUCGUUUUGGGUUAAGGCCUAGGUAACUCUCGGGCAGCGGGGGGGAGCCCAGCGCUGCUCUCUCUAACCACACUUCAGCCACAGGCCUCCCUAUUCCCAUGCACCAAACACCCUCAUAUCAGCACCUCUUCACAGCUAUGGAUUCAACCCCCUUAGCUUUGGUCACUUGUGGGGCAUUGUAAUGAUAUUGGACAUCUUUACAGGGUGAAUUUGGUUUGUGCCAGGACUGCGUUGACAGGAAAUGGGAGUCAGUGCACUAACCCUGUACCGUUGCAAACUGGUUAGUGUGUUUAACACGAAACACUUUGUUUGAAGGGGUAUGUAUAUGUUAUCUGACAUGCAUGUAGUAUUCAUAAAUUGUCCAGGAUUUUCAGCUUGCAAAAUAUUCUGAACUGUUUAACAUGUUUAUGCCUGGUCGUGUCAUGUUUUUAUCUAGGACUUGUCACAAUCUGGUUACCCAUUCAACUGAAGUGUUACUAUCCAGUGUUCCGCUUGAGUGUGUGGCAGGCGGGCGGUGUGACAGGUUCCUCUUUGAUAGUCUGCUAUGGGGGACCAUUAGUGAUGGAGAAAUGGAAUCCCUGGCCUCAGCCCUUUCCUACACACAUCUGGGCCCCGAAUACCUAUUCCUCUGCUUAAGGAUAGCUGAGGUGGUCAUGAUGUGGAGUUGGGAAAUCUGUGACCCUAACCAGACGACCAUUGGGGCGGGGCACGUGACAGUGCCACAAUCUGAGCGUUGGGUGACGCAUGCCAGGCAGUGGAGAAAUGGUAUCAAAUCUAACUGUAUGAUUUCUAUUCAUUGUGUAUAUAAAAAAAUGUGUUUAUAUUCAGUAUAUAGAACAUACACUCACAACUGUGCAUGUAUUGACAUGCCUCGUGUGCUAUGGUUGAAACACACUUAUCAGCAGUGGUUGGCUGUACACUGGAGAAAAGAGAUGUACUAUUCAAUUUCCCUACAUGAAUUUAAUCAAUAAACGUUUUAAAAAUAAAUAUUUGACAUAAUGACUGCUCUCUUUUGUCAAUGAUUUGAAGCUUGGCCUUGAUUUGUUUUGAACUUCUUGCUUUUUGUGAAUAAAACUAUGGAGGAAUCGUGCCACUUGAA